AUGCGCAGUGGCGCAGACAAGCGCUGGGCAAGGGCAUUAGGAGAGAAGUGACAUUUGUCUAACGUUGACAACUAUUUCGUAUUCUUUAUAAAUCAUACAGACAUUUACGUUAAUUGGAUUCAUAUACUUAACGUUAUAUCUCUGCAUAUAGAUCCUACGCAUCGCUGCUUUAGAUCUGAUUGACUGAGAGCAGACGUGAAGGAGGGAGCUGCACCUGUGAAGGCCAGGUGUCUAAUAAUGCCAUCACACUGACACAGACACAGUCUGCAGUGAGGUUGCUCCAGCAUCCUAACUUGAAUGGCGGUUUGUAGAGGGGGGGUCUCUCUUUGGGUGGGGUGUGUCAGGAACCAUGGCGGCUGGCAACCAGUGACGAAACAGUGCUGGAAUUUAUGUCAGACCACCGAGUUUCACCUGCAUGACAACGGUAGGAACCUGAGCAGCGCAUCAUGGGCUUUGACUCCCCCAAACGGUCUUCGCUUCCAGUCUGUAAAUCGUCCAUCGCUUUCCCAUCCCUUCCACCAUGCCUGCCAGCCAAACCGAGCACCUGGCCUUGAGGAGGAGGAGUGGGAGGAGUCCAUCAGCCUGUGUGUCCUCCUCAAACCCGAAGAGACAGACGAGCAGCAUGCCGAGGUGGAGGUGCCCCUCCUCGGGCAGACCAAACUGAGUGAGCUGCUGGCUUUAGGACCCAACCGAACCUUUGACUUGCUUUUUCCUUUAACCACUGUUGAUGGGAGCAGAGAGGAUGAUAUUAGCAUUACCGGGAAGGUAGAGACUGAGGAGGAUCUGAUGGAGAGAGGCUCCUUCAGGAGUCUGUUUGAAACGGAGGGAUGUCCCGCACCGUUUAUGUUGGGAUCCCGUUUCUAUUGCUUCCACUGUCCUGGGAUGGAGUCUCACUUGGAGAAGGUAAAGAAACCAGAAAUCAUACAGGAAACUCAGGACUAUUCAGGCCUCCAUAGUAGCCAUACUGAGAUGCAGAGUGUGGACAGGAGCUCCAGUCAGGGAGAUAUGGAGAAGGAGGAAAAACUGGCCCAGAUGUUUGAGAAGCUGAGAGUGGAGCUGCCCAGUUUCUUUGUGAAGAAUCAUGACUACAGCAUAUACUCUGAAGAUGUUGAGUUCAUCAACGGUCUUCUGAACACCAAGACAAGGGGUCGUGUGGUGUACCAGCUGACAGUGACGCUUUGGCGACUGUUGUGUCUGUGUUACUAUGCGGAGGCUCAGCUGGAGGUGCUGAAGCUCACCAAGCAUCCAGAAGACGGCUCCAUCCAGGCUCGCUGGAGAGUCAAAGGCCUGCCCUUCCACUCCCUUCUGGUGUUCUUCUACAAAAAAGACAAGAGCCAACUGUACAAAACAUAUGAUGCAUUCUCCACCUUCUAUCUCGGACCUGAUGGACGGAUACACUGUCAUAAAGUUGAAAAGGUUAUGCAGGCUCGGCCUCCCUUACUGCCCAAAGUGACUUCAAUGCUGGCGGGGGCUUUGGUGGCUCUAGGCAUUCAGGAACACAGACCCGCCCUCAACCUGCUCCCACUCCUCCUGUCGUCUCUCCGACAAGCCCGAGCCUGAGUUGCAAACGUGUGUAGAUGCUCAGGAGAAUGUGUGUGUGGUCAGACCAUUAAAAAGACUGAGAAAGAGAAAGCGGUGUAAAGGAAAAUAAUGUUAUUGUGUGUGUCGAGUGAAUGAGAUGUUGGCAGCAUUCUUUGGAAAAAUUGAAGUUAAAACUGUUUAUUCCCAAUUUUGAUUUUCAUUUGAUUUUCAACACACACUGAUCCGAUCAACUCACAAAAUAAGUUCCUUGUGAAAACACAGCUGGUUUUAAUUACAAAGCGUAGUUAAAAGGAUAGUUUACCCAAAGAUAAAAAUUAUUUCAUCAGUUAUUUACUCUCAUGUCGUUCAAAAUCUGAAUGUUACUCUUUCUUCUGUGGAAAACAAAAGAAGAUAUUUUGAGAAAUGACUCAGUGGUUUUCUGUCGAUACAGUGGAAGUCAAUGAGGGCCAAUGUUGUUUGAUACCAACGUUAUUCAAAAAUAUUUAUUUUGUGUUCUGCACAAAAGUCAUACAGGUUUGGAAUGACAUGAGGGUGAGUAAAUGAUGAAAUAAUUUAAAGUUUUUGGUGAACUAUUACUUUAAUAUACAUCACGAUUACAAUCUUUAGGAGAUUCUUUCUUGCCUAAUGCACAAAUCUUAACACAAUAUGGAUGUUUUACGCACACACAAAUCUGUACAGGUAAAAUAAAUGGGCUCUGGACUUAUGGCUGAGUUUGACUGAUAGUUUCCGUGUUAGUCAUGGCUGUUAAGUCAGUCAAUACAGCUUUAAUACACAAUGAAAGGUCCAGCUCUCAAGUACAAUUACAAUAGGAAUUGACCGUAGCAUGGCAUACUGUACGUCUUGUUGGUAUACAUAUGUAUAUAUAUAUAUAUAUAUAUAUAUAUAUGCAUUUACUGAAUGUUCCAGUACCUGAUAUCAUAAGCAAUUUCAUAAUGUUUAGGGCUGCUAAGAUUUUUAUUAACUUAUUAACUCACCCAAAAAUGAAAAUUCUGUCUCAGCCUUGAGUUGUCCCAAAUCUGUGUAAAUUUCUUGUGUGUUUCUGAUGAACACAGAAAAAUAUAUUUGGCCGAAUGCUUGUAGCCAAACAGUUCUGUGCCACCAUUGACUACUAUAGUAGGAAAAAUUAUUGUAUAUAUUUCAUUUCAUUCUGUUGGACACAAAACACGAUAUUUUGAAGAAUGUAGGAAAGCAAAUGUUUCUGGGGUACUUUUGACCACCAUAGUCAUUUUUCCUACUAUGGUGGUGAAUGGUGGCCAAGAACUGUUUGGUUACUGACAUUCUUCCAAAUAUCUUUGUGUUUAUCAGAACAAAGAAAUGUAUACAGAUUUGUAACAACUGGAGGGUGAGUGAAUGAAGACAGAAUUUUCAUUUUUGGGUGAACUGUUCCUUUAAAUGACAGUGAUGCCAGAGACUGCCUAUGCAAGUACUAGUUAUCAGUAUAGUUACCAGGACUUGUUUGCUCUUACUUUCCUUAUUUGCCGGUUUACAGUGUGCAACUUAGUCAAUAUAGUGGCUUGGAUUGUUACAUUGCCAAAUCUAAUACUGCACUAGUCUUAUAAAUGCCAUGCCGUCCAAGUAACUUUGAACACUGUUGUAAGACCACAAAUUAAAUUUUCACUAGGCAUUAAUUUGUGAUCACCUCCUUUCACAAGACAAGGCAUCUCAAAUGAACAAAACGUUAGAGUUAAACCUGCACAACUGAAAUAUUUCCAAAGGGCAUAAAACAACCAUAUAAAAACAACAACAGACAUUGUUCCUGGUGUUCAUUUCUGUGCUAAUGACCCAAAAACCUGGUGUGAAUAUGUUGUGUGAAAAAUAAAAUGCACACUGACAUCAGCAUCUUCAGCUUGUGUUCUGUUUUGCCA